AUGCAUCAGAUACAAACAAUAUUUAUUAUUUCUGACUGAAUUUCAUACUCUUUUGUAUUAAAAAGAUAUCAGAUCAGUCAAUUAAAAAUAUGAGUGAAAUCACUUUGGAUCAGUUGCCUGAAGAUUGUUUUGCACAGAUUAUGUCUUUGACAUCUCCUCAAGAUGUGUGCCGGUCAGUACUGGUCUCUUCACCGAUCCGGUUCGUGGCCGAUUCAGACACUGUUUGGGAGAAAUUUCUGCCAUCGAACUAUGAAGAAAUUCUCUGCAGAUUGGUCUCUCCUCUUGUUUAUUCGUCCAAGAAAGAGUUAUUUGCCAGGUUAAGUAAUCCACAGCUAAUUGAUGGAGGUAGAAAGAUCUUCUCGAUAGAGAAAUCAACAGGCAAAAAACGUUACAUGUUGAGUGCAAGAGAGCUUUCAAUCAAGUGGGCGAGCCAUCCUCUAUAUUGGUCCUGGAAACCCCAGUUUCCACAAUCAAGAUUUGCAGAAGUUGCUGAGCUCAGGACCAUUUCCUGGCUGGAAAUACUGGGAUUGUUGAACACCAAACUGCUAUCACCAAGAACACUCUACGGCACCUAUCUCAUUCUCCACUUUGCCAAUCGUGCUUACGGUUUAGACACUUUGCCAUCGGAGGUCUCUCUCGAAGUUGGCAACGUCGUCAAAUCACAAGGGACAGUGUAUCUAAGUCGCUGUGACAGUAAGAAACAAUCUAAUUCGGAGCGUUUAUCAUGUUGUGUGAGGAGUUGUCGGAGAUCAAAGUUCUGUUCUGCAGAGAAACAAGUUCCUGUUGAGCGCAAAGAUGGAUGGAUGGAGAUUGAGUUGGGACAGUUCUAUAAUGAUCAACAAGGUGACGAGGAGGUCAGGAUGUGCUUAAAGGAGGUGAAGGGUGAGCAUCUCAAAGGUGGUCUGAUUGUCGAGGGAAUUGAACUCAGACCUAUACAACUUCAUUGAAGAUCUUUGAUUUAAAACUUGGUUAUCUUUUGGGGCAAUUAGUGAUAUAGAAUAAAUGAUCUCAACAUUUUAUUCUUCGUCUCAAAAUAAAUAUUAUUUUAUUUGCACAUGGACUUGA